AUGGGGAGCACCGAGGUGGUGCUUAAGACCACUGAGUUGAUUCAACAGGUGCGCGACAGGUUGUGGAUCACACAGAGUCAUCAGAAGAGCUAUGUUGACCGACGUCGUUCGAAUCUUGAGUUUCAGAUGGGAGACUAUGGUGUUGUUUUUUUGGAAGUGGUUAAAUGUCUUUUGUCUUUUUCCAAGUUUGCGGAAGAAGCCGUGCACUUGCAAAAUGUCUACCCGCCAAAAGGGAAAAGUGCUCAAAAAAAAUGUGUAGCUGAUGAUUCUGUGGUUAUCAGGCUAGAUAAUAUUCAAGUGAAUGGGUGUCGAAAAUAUGUGGAAAAACCCAUUGAUAUUCUUGGUAAGAAGACUAAAAAUUUGCGUAAUAAAGUGGUGAAUGUGGUGAAUAUACAAUGGCAUCACCGGGGAGGCUCCGAGUGGACGUGGGAACCGGAGGACGAGAUAAGAGAGCACUACCCAAGUUUAUUUGCAUCAGGAGACUUUGAGGACAAAGUCUAA